CGGUUCCCCCAGCAUACCAGGCCAGCUGUCAGCAGCACCACGGACAGCAGCUCGGGUCGCCCGCGCCGCAGCGCCUCUCACAGCGGACACGCAGCCUCCAGACAGCGCACCACACAUAUAUUUUCUUCUUGCAGGAAAUACGGCGUGAAAUAACAUACUUUUUGCCUGGGUGAGGUUAAUGGGAAGGAGGUGAAGCAAAAGGCUGGUCUGCGUGAUAAAGGUAGCUUCAAUGAAGCAAAGCAACUCUAACCGUGUAGCUGAUACGCGCAGACGCAAACGGAGCGUCGGACCAGUGACCGUGUGCAUUCCGCCGCAGUGAGCAUGAACCUCGCACCUGGGAUUUUCCAACUCUGAGCACUGUCAUAGUAAUAGGUAUUAAUAGGCUAUUAUAUUCAGGUUCUUGCCACCAUGCGCUUUUUUGUGCCCUUUAUUCUGCUCUCCUGCUCCUGCGCUCUGGGAGGCUGCGAGAUGAAAAUCGUGAACAUCGGCGCGGUGCUGAGCCAAAAGCGCUACGAGCAAGUGUUUAAGGAUGCGGUGAACCAGGCCAGCGUGGUGUACGGCAGAGACAGGUUUAAACUCAACGCCAUCUCCGUGACGCACAAAGCCAACGCUAUUCAGAUGGCGCUGUCCGUGUGUGAGGACCUCAUCUCCAGCCAGGUCUAUGCGAUUUUGGUGAGCCACCCUCCACAGUCCAGUGACCACCUCACACCUACACCGGUCUCCUAUACUGCAGGCUUCUACCGUAUCCCUGUAGUUGGCCUUACAACCAGGAUGUCAAUCUACUCCGAUAAGAGUAUUCAUCUUUCCUUCCUGCGCACUGUGCCGCCUUACUCGCACCAGGCGCACGUGUGGUUCGACAUGAUGCGUGAGUUCCGCUGGAACCACAUCAUCCUGAUCGUCAGCGACGACCACGAAGGUCGAGCCGCACAGAAGAGACUCGAGACCCUUCUGGAGGAGAGGGAGACCAAGAAUAAAAAAAGGAACUAUGAAAACCUCGACCAACUGUCCUAUGACAACAAGCGAGGACCUAAGGCAGAGAAAGUCCUCCAGUUCAACCAAGAGACUAACUUAACUGCCCUGCUGCUGGAGGCCAAGGAGCUGGAGGCUCGCGUGAUCAUUCUGUCCGCCAGUGAAGACGACGCUGCUGCCGUAUACAAGACCGCUCGGUUUCUCAACAUGACUGGCUCUGGCUACGUAUGGUUAGUCGGAGAGCGGGAGAUGUCUGGUAAAGCUCUGAGUGAAGCUCCUGAUGGACUAAUUGGCCUUCAGCUCAUUAACGGCAAGAAUGAGUCAGCACACAUCAGCGACGCAGUGGCGGUCGUGGCUCAGUCCAUUCAGGAGCUUUUCGAGAAGGAGAACAUCACUGAGCCGCCUCGGGGUUGUGUGGGCAACACAAACAUCUGGAAGACUGGGCCGCUCUUUAAAAGGGUUCUGAUGUCAUCCAAAUACCCAGAAGGCUUGACAGGACGAGUGGAGUUUAAUGAUGAUGGAGACAGGAAGUACGCUCAUUACAGCAUCCUUAACUACCAGAAGAGCAGGCUGAUUCAAGUCGGCAUUUAUAAUGGAACUCAGGUGGUGCUAAAUAAGCAGAGGAAGAUCAUCUGGCCUGGAGGAGAUACAGACAGACCGAAAGGUUUCCAGAUGUCUACAUGGCUAAAAAUAGUCACAAUACAUCAGGAGCCUUUUGUGUACGUGAAGCCAACAAUGCUGGAUGGGACCUGCAGGGAAGAGUACACACCAAAUGGAGUCCUAAUUAAAAAGGUGAUCUGCACUGGACCAAAUGAAACCAUCCCAGGACGCCCAACAGUCCCUCAGUGCUGUUAUGGAUUCUGCGUUGACCUACUGAUCAAGCUGGCCAUGACUAUGAACUUUACUUAUGAGGUCCAUCUGGUGGCUGAUGGGAAAUUUGGAACACAGGAAAGAGUGAACAACAGCAACAAGAAGGAGUGGAAUGGCAUGAUGGGCGAGCUCCUGGGCGGCCUUGCAGACAUGAUCGUGGCUCCACUAACGAUAAACAAUGAACGAGCUCAGUACAUUGAAUUCUCCAAACCGUUCAAAUAUCAGGGCCUCACCAUCCUUGUGAAAAAGGAAAUCCCUCGUAGUACGCUGGACUCGUUCAUGCAGCCGUUCCAGAGCACGCUGUGGCUGCUGGUGGGUCUAUCGGUGCAUGUGGUGGCGGUGAUGCUUUACCUACUAGACCGGUUCAGCCCAUUCGGAAGGUUUAAAGUAAACAGUGAAGAAGAAGAAGAAGAUGCCCUCACCUUAUCCUCGGCUAUGUGGUUCUCCUGGGGAGUGUUGCUGAACUCUGGAAUUGGAGAAGGUGCCCCGCGUAGCUUCUCAGCGAGAAUCCUAGGUAUGGUGUGGGCCGGCUUUGCUAUGAUCAUUGUAGCAUCCUAUACUGCCAACCUGGCUGCCUUCUUGGUGCUGGACCGGCCUGAGGAGCGCAUCACCGGCAUCAAUGACCCGAGGUUGAGGAACCCAUCAGACAAGUUUAUCUACGCCACAGUGAAGCAGAGUUCGGUGGAUAUCUACUUCCGGCGCCAGGUCGAGCUGAGCACCAUGUAUCGCCACAUGGAGAAGCACAACUACGAGAGCGCCGCUGAGGCCAUCCAGGCUGUUCGGGACAACAAGCUGCAUGCUUUCAUCUGGGACUCUGCGGUGCUGGAGUUUGAAGCCUCGCAGAAGUGCGACCUGGUGACCACGGGAGAGCUGUUUUUCCGUUCGGGCUUUGGCAUAGGCAUGCGCAAGGACAGCCCCUGGAAACAGAAUGUGUCCCUGGCUAUUCUCAGUUCCCAUGAGAACGGCUUCAUGGAGGACCUGGAUAAAACCUGGGUGAGAUACCAGGAGUGUGACUCAAGGAGCAAUGCCCCAGCCACACUCACCUUUGAAAACAUGGCAGGGGUCUUUAUGCUGGUAGCUGGAGGCAUUGCAGCAGGGAUCUUCCUCAUCUUUAUUGAGAUCGCAUACAAGCGACACAAAGACGCCCGCAGGAAGCAGAUGCAGCUAGCCUUUGCGGCCGUCAACGUCUGGAGAAAGAACCUGCAGCCCUCUUCCUCUGUAGAGACUCAGGAUGAUAGGAAAAGUGGUAGAGCAGAGCCCGACCCCAAAAAGAAACCCUCUUUUAGGUCCAUCAGUACCACCCUGGCCUCCAGCAUCAAGAGACGUAGGUCCUCCAAAGACACGCAGUACCCACCUACAGACAUCACGGGCCAGCUCAACCUGUCCGACCCAUCUGUCAGCACCGUGGUGUGAGACAGAGAAAGAGAAAGAGAAAGUGGGGGAAUGUUCAUUUCUUAAAGACAGACAUGGGGUGGGAGGAAUCGGUAUUCACCCAGGAAUUUCCUUUGUCCCGAGUCGCUUAUGAGCUUCUGCACCUUUAUGAGGAGAAGAGAAUGGAGCUGAUCUUCUACAGUGAACAUUUUCGGAGAUUGGCGUUAGCGCCUCAUCGCACUGGAUUUCUUAUAACGCAUCACACACACACACUCAAGUUGACACUCAUCUUCACAAGUUGACAUUCAAAACAGGACACAUUAUAAGGUCUAAUUUAACCUAGCAAUUAUUUGUUUCACAAUCUUUUGAGUAUUUUUGUAUAGGUUGGUAUAGUGAAUGCUCUUGUGUCCAUUAAGUGCUGUAUGUAUAUUUUAUCUCUCAGAAAAAAAAAACAAAGCAAUCAGAGUAAUUAUUAUUACUAUGUUUGUGCAGACCUCAUGUGUUUAGAAACCUAUAUUUACUGAAAUUCCGGACAUUUCUGUUGAUCUGCCUUUAACAGUAUCAAUUGCUUUCUCUUCUUUAAUUGUUGUCUAUUCUGUAAGUAAGAAUGGCGUAUGAGAGAGCAUGCAAAUACUAUCUGAGUAAAAAUUAGUUACAUUUAGUGUAUUGUCAAUAGUGUUAAUACUUGAAAUACUAUUUCUAAUGAUAUAACAAUACUGUAUAUGGCACUUUACGAUGAUAUAUGAACUUAUUUUAUGACCAAGUGUGCAGUUCUUGGUUUUGUACUCAAUACUGUUUGUAUAUCUUGAAAAGCCAUGCGCUCUUUAUCAGUGAGCCAAUUGCAUGUUUAAAUGCAUGUGAAACUUCUUAGCCAUGUCACAAAAGAAAGCGCUCUCUUUUCUUUCCUCCCGCAAUAACAAUGUUUUGCAUAUUAUGAUGCGCAAAGAGUAUUAUGUACAUACUGUAUCAGAAGUGGCUUAAGAAAAUUAAGAAUUUAAACUUCUUAAGACUUUGCUAUGUAGAAAAACCUCUUUCUCUGUCUCACUGGUUGAAGUUCUCUCAUGCUUUCUCAUCUCCAGUCUCUUUAAGGGGUGCAUCAAACUGCCACGUUUUUUCAUCCAACCAUCACUUGGUGUCUCACGCAAAACCGUCUCUUGUGAGACCUUUUACGUGACGAAACCCCAAGUGAGUUGCUUUGUAUUUGACUCUGGUGCUGCAUUUUUGUACACACCUAUUGGUUAGAUGCAAAAAACAGGCCGUUUCCCAUGUUCUGGAGUUGAGAAACAUUUGUUCUUUUGGUCUAAAGCGACCUCUGACCUCUCACUGAGGACUUUUGAACCAGCAAUGUGAAUUAUGUAAAACAUAAAUAUGCUUUUCCACACAAGUGCAGGUGGACAAAUGAUUUGAAAAUUCUUCCUUAAAGAUAAAAUGAACGCAGAAUAUAUGACAUUGUUGACUGUCAUGAUUGUAAUUUUUUUGUUUGUUUGUUUGUUCUGUUCCUAAAAUGGCUAUUUUGGAUAAGAAAUAUUUGCCUUUUGGUGUUACACUUGAAAAACAUAAGGACUGAAUUUCAUUUUAAGCCCAUUGUCUCUGACAAAUGAGUGCAUGCUUGUUUUCUUUCGUCUUCCUCUAUCUCAACCCAUAGUUUGUGUACCUGUACCACACUAUUAUAUCUGUUUUCAGGUCUAAUACAGUGUGCAUACAUUUUGCAAUAGGCUGUAUUUUUGGCUUUCUGGGGAACUUGAUAAGGAUGUGAUCCCAUCAGCCUCCAGUAUUCUGUGAAUCAUGUUGAUGAUUGACUCCUACACAUAGACAUAAGCUUUAACUUGUUAUGUUCAUGUACAAACACUCACAUUAGACCUAUUUAAAUAAGAAUUGCUUCAAAGUUUGCUUUUGAGUUAAAGCAAACCUUUUGUUUCUAUUUAGAUUACAAUGCAAAUAAGACUUC